UUCUCGUCUGUCUUGCUUACUAGAAACCAAAAUCCUUCGAGAAAAUAUGGACAAACGGGUUUGAGGGGUUAACAGUUACAUUUAUAAUGGGAUUAUGCUUCCUCGUUUUCAUCGACGAGGGUUGUAACAUAGAUUUUUAUUUAAGAACCCGGAGUGCACAAAAAUUUCAAGAACUGUGAAAUAAUAAGAUUAUGGCUAUGUGGAGAAGGGACCAGAAUUAUGGGGGUGCUUUCUGGCCGGGACCCUCUAUGCCUCCGGUGAUGUGGAAUAAUUGCACAAGGCAAGUUGCACCAGUGCUGCCGAGAUCAGAGGGAAAGCCGACGUCGCUUGAUCGUUCUUUUCAUGUCACCCAUAGACUUCCUGCCUUUGACUCUCCUUAUGCCCGCGCCAAACAUGUUCAGUUGGUGGAUAAGGAUCCACAUAGAGCAAUUUCUAUGUUUUGGGCUGCUAUAAAUGCCGGUGAUCGAGUUGACAGUGCCCUGAAAGACAUGGCAUCAGCAAUGAAACAGGUGAACAGAUCAGAUGAGGCCAUCGAGGCAAUUAAAUCUUUCCGCCAUUUAUGCUCUCCUGAAUCGCAGGAUGCUAUUGACAACAUACUGCUAGAGCUCUUCAAGAGAUCUGGUCGAAUGGAAGAACAUAUCGGAGUCCUUCAGGCUAAAAUUAGGUACACAGAAGAUCUUCUACUUCUUGGUGGAAGAAGGGUGAAAACUGCCAGAUCUCAUGGGAGGAAAUGUCUGAUUACAAUUGAACAUGAGUACUCAAGGUUGCUCGGGAACUUGGCCUGGGUGUACUUGCAGCAAGAUCGAUACGCAUUUGCAGAGGAGCUUUAUCGGAAAGCGCUAAUAUAUGAGCAAGAUAAGAACAAAAUGUGUAAUCUGGCGAUCUGCUUGAUGUACAUGAACCGGAUGACGGAAGCCAGAUCUCUGCUUGAAUGCGCAACAUUAUCUGGAAAUGCGUCGGAUCAGAAGCAUGUCAAGUCAUUUGAACGUGCUUCUAGACUACUGGUCGAAUUCGAAUCACUUGGCAGUGAGGAAGCCAGAAUACCAUUCUCAUCAUUUAUGAGACGAGACGCAAAAGAAAGAACAAAGAAAGUUCUUUGCACUGGGACUGAUAGCAUUAUAUCCCAUCCUCAGAUAGAAGGUUCAAAAAGUGCAUCACUUGGACCAGGAAUUGGUCUACAGUCUUCUCAUAAUAAAACUUCUUUUGCUGGUGAACUGAAUAAAGAGGAAUGCUAUGUUGGAAACUAUAAUGAAAGAACAGGUGACAACCGAGAAAUGGUGCCUGGAGGUGGGAUAGAUUAUGAUGGAUACAUGAUAGGGUACGUUUCUCCCAAUUCUGUUGGAGGCAACCCUGGAGUUCCAUUUAGACAACCAAGAGAAGGUCCCUCUUUCUCAUUUGAUAAUACAGCUGGUAAGUGUAACAUAAAGCUAUCAUUUGCUGGGACUGGAGAGCAAGGAUCAAAUUUAGGCCUUGGACAAGCUUUUGGUAUUGAAGAAUGUGCUGAGGAAAGAAAAAUUAAUCAGGAACUGCAGAACCAAGGCAAUCAGGAAGUUAGCAAAUAUUUUUCAUUAGACUCGAGCAACAGAGGCUGGGUGAAUAUGCAAGCAGAAGAGAAUAUGAAGUUGCUGAGAAGCGAAUAUUUGGAUGAGAAUACUAACCUCAACAACUUGUUUGGAAGUCUGAUUCAUCUCAACGAAACUGAACGCCUUGAUCUAAAGAUGGGGUCGCUCGCGUUGGAAGAUGGAUCUGAUUCUCAGCCCAGUAAUGCUGGUAUUUCUUCGAAUCAAGAAGUGCGGCACUCAUUGCUGGAACAGGAAAGAAGUGGCCAGGUAUGGAAAAUGCCAUGGCUGUUCGAAAAUAUACAAUGAUUAUCCUGUUUUCUUUGGAUACAGCCAAUUUAAGGACAUUUGUAAAUUUGGCUUGAUUUAUUUACAUUUUGAAACCAGAGAUGGUGGAGUUUUCUACAAUGGUUAUGACAUUUUAUUUA